AUGAAGAACAACAAUCAACUUCACUUUGGCCAUCUCAAAAGUGAAGCAGCCGAGUCGGUAACACCACCGGUGUGGCUGGCUAACUUUAGUGAUGGCCGAGACGGAGCUGGUCCCGUUUAUCUGGUUGGUCGCUACGGUAAACAACCAGUCUAUCGAACCAGUAAUGCUGUUGCUAGUUACUUAAAAAAUCAACAGCAUAUUUCAAUGCUGUUUCACUUAUACGAAUUAUUCUAG